UAACCUCUUCCCCUGUGGUAGUUCCCUUCUCCCCUUCUUAUGAACCGUCCCCCAGAUGCAAACCAGGAGGCCUCACCCACAGUGAGCUCUGAGUUGGUGUGUUUGUUGAUGUCACUUACCUCCUUCUGGUGCCCGUGUGCCAAGGAUCUGUGUAAGGCCAAAAUCACGUCUCCUGGUAUCUUUUAACUGGGUGAUCACACACUGCCACGGACUGCCACACCCUGCCCGGCCUGGUGUAGAAUUCUAUAACUCCGUCAGAUGGGCGCGGGAUGCGGCGGGAAGCACUGGGUCACUCCUGUAUAAACUUUGUCAGUCACUUCCAUGUCUAAUUCCUGCUGCCUGCAGAUGGGGAGAUUACUUCCAAGCCCAUGGUGCUGUUCCUCGGACCAUGGAGCGUUGGCAAAUCCACCAUGAUAAACUACCUCCUCGGGUUGGAAAACACUCGCUACCAGCUCUAUACAGGUGCUGAGCCCACCACCUCUGAGUUCACUGUCCUCAUGCACGGACCCAAGCUGAAAACCAUCGAGGGUAUCGUCAUGGCUGCCGACAGCGCCCGGUCCUUCUCACCCCUCGAGAAAUUUGGCCAGAAUUUCCUAGAGAAGCUGAUUGGCAUCGAGGUUCCCCACAAACUUCUGGAGCGAGUCACUUUCGUGGAUACACCAGGCAUCAUUGAGAACCGCAAGCAGCAAGAAAGAGGUUACCCCUUCAAUGAUGUGUGCCAGUGGUUCAUCGACAGAGCGGACCUCAUCUUUGUCGUCUUUGACCCAACCAAGUUGGACGUGGGUCUGGAGCUGGAGAUGCUCUUCCGCCAGCUGAAGGGACGCGAGUCCCAGAUAAGGAUCAUCCUGAACAAGGCCGACAACCUGGCAACGCAGAUGCUCAUGCGGGUCUAUGGGGCCCUCUUCUGGAGCUUGGCCCCGCUCAUCAAUGUCACAGAGCCCCCGAGGGUUUACGUCAGCUCCUUCUGGCCACAAGACUACAGGCCCGAUACACACUGGGACCUGUUUCUCAAGGAAGAGAUCUCUCUCCUGGAAGACCUGAACCAGGUGAUCGAGAACAGGUUGGAGAACAAGAUCGCCUUCAUUCGCCAGCAUGCCAUCCGGGUCCGCAUUCACGCCCUCCUGGUCGACCGCUAUCUGCAGACUUAUAAGGACAAAAUGACCUUUUUCAGUGAUGGAGAGCUGGUCUUUAAGGACAUUGUGGAAGACCCCGACAAAUUCUACAUCUUCAAGACCAUCCUGGCAAAGACCAACGUCAGCAAGUUUGACCUUCCCAACCGCGAGGCCUACAAGGACUUCUUUGGCAUCAACCCCAUCUCCAGUUUCAAGCUGCUGUCUCAGCAGUGCUCCUAUAUGGGGGGCUGCUUCCUGGAGAAGAUUGAGCGGGCCAUCACGCAGGAGCUCCCCGGCCUCCUGGGAAGCCUUGGGCUAGGGAAGAAUCCAGGUGCUCUCAACUGUGACAAAACAGGGUGUGGCGAAACCCCAAAGAAUCGCUAUAAGAAACACUAGGUCAUUGUGUCGCUGUUCUGGGGUUCCUGUUGGUGGAUAAGCUUGUGUCCUCUCUGAGAAGUCCUGGUUUAUUAACCCUUUGAGCCACACUGGCAAGAAUCUUUACACGCCGGAGAUUUGGGAGUUGAGGCCAGUGGUGGGGGAGGGUGCAGGUCAAGGGAGGCCAGAGGAAACUGUGAAUUACAGUGUGCCCGUCUUGUUGCUUCAGUGGGGGGCCUGACCGAGGCAGGUCAGGCCCUGCCUGCUUUUCCUGGGUCCUAUCGCAAAGGGACAGAGAGCAGCUAAAUUCUAGCGUAUACUGAACUUAUACUGAGGUGAUGAGCAUCCAGCUGAAAGCAGCUGAAAUUCCUUUUGCGCCCUCUAAGCUGGGAAAAUAGGGAAGACUUGAUUUCUGUAGGGCUGCUCACCUCCUUCGUGGCUUCCUCCCACGCAGUCUCCUGCUGGUCCUCCAGCCCUCGCCUGCUCCUCGCUUGGGUUGGCUUCAACAGGGGACAGUCUCUUGGGUCAGAAUCCACCUGGGUUUCGAGCCUACCCCCAGGCCCUCCUCCCUGCUUCCUCUCGGGGCGGGGGAACGGUUUAGGAUACCAGAACACUAAGAGAGAACAGGAGUCCCCCAGACUAGGAGACAGAGCUGCCUCCCCCCUGCCAUUUCUCCGAUGUAGUCUUCUAAGCCGGCUGGGAAGCUCGGUCCCUUUCUCAGCCCCAAGAGGAGGCUGAGUGUUCCAUGCAUUCAGGUAAUUGACUUCUUGGAAGUGACUUCAGUGAAACUACCAGAAGGGCUCAGAGGGUUAAUUGGUUUGCAGUGUGUCUUUGUCUAUUGCAUGUCUUGGAAAACUCAGACCCCAAAGGCGUUGGGUUUCAGAGGGGAUGAUGGAAACCUUGCUCCUUUUCAUGAGGGUAUUCUCUGGGCAGCCCAUCUCCCCCAGAUGAGGAGGAGGCGGUUUCCAAACCUUCUCUGCAGAGACGCUCUGCGGAAGGGUCGUACCCUCCUGGUUUUCAUGCCAUGGCUUCCCCUUUCUUCUCCAUUCGCUGAUGUGCCAAUACUCAAAACUCAGAGUGAUUUCCCACGAGUCAGAACCAGUGCCAGCCACUCGGUGUGGGUGGCAACCAAGGCUUCACAUUCGGUUUUCCACCUGAACUUGACACUGAUUCGCACCAAACAUACCACAGGGCAGCCAGGGCCUUCAAAUACGGACGGGUGUGAAUAUGCGUGUACUGCCUUGUCCAAGAGAGCUGAGGGAGACAGCAGAGGCCAGCGGGCAUGGAGAAAGGAUGCUCUGUGAGGCUGCUGGGCAACCCCGGAGGGCAGUGGGGGAUGGAGGGAAGGAGCCUUUUGACGAAAAGUAGGUGGGUUGAACAGUUCGUGCAAAUCCAGGAGACCUGGGCCAGGGCUGCCCGGAGUGGCACCUGCGGCCUCGUGAGCCAGCCUCACUUGGGAGCGAGCCAUCUGGGGGGCUUCACCAUGAGGCCUAGGUCAGGACCCACCAGCACCAGGGAGUCACCUUGGACCAGAAGGAAAGCGUAGAUGAAGGCAGAUGGGAGGCACUCUGAGGACGAGGUCAUGGAAGCAAAUUGCUGAUCAAUCAGAUUAGGUCCCCGUGGAGAAUUUGGAAUUCCUGCUUCCCAGAAUGAUUAGCACUCGGGUGCAUGCUGCAGCAGGACCUGGAACCUCCCACAAGAAAUCCAGAGGCCCCAAAGCCUCCAGGAUAUUGUUUCUAAGGACAGAGCCAAGCAGAGCACCAGGGGCCUGCUGGGGCAUCCAAGGAGCCUGGUGACCAGGGCCUGACGAGCUGCUUUUCUUCUCAUUAAAAACCAGCCCUUACCUCACCUCCCCAUCACAUCCCCUCUCACCUUGCUCCUUAAUGUUCCCAAUGUCCUCGAGCAUAUCAGGUUUUCUCCGUGCAGUGGGGCCGUACAAAGUACAGAACUGUUACAGCAGCCGAUGCCCCCGUCGCUUUGGGGGAAGCGAGUGCAAGGAGGCCCAUACAUUCAUACAGGAUCUUUGUUUUCGUGGGGCUGGGGCCGACAUUAUCAUUGUGAUCUUUUCUCCCUUUCUUGUUCCAUCCAUUUGCCUUUUCUUACUCGUUCCUCUGCUCUCUCAACCUGCCUUUUCUCUAAAUGGCCCAUAGGCUGGUCAGCGGGUCUGCCUAGGCUUUCAGUGCUGUUUGGGCCCCCGCUCUGUGGAUGUGGAUUUCAAGCAGAAUUCUGACUCUUUGCGGAGGAGGGAGAUUGGGACCUGGGGGUAAAUUUAGGAUCCAGAGAUUCCCCCCAAGAGGAGUUAUCUGUAAGUAUUUGUGCCUGAACAGUUGCUGUUUCUCUCCAAAGUGGAAAGUUUCCAGUGUUCUUGCCGUUCUGAUUUCAUCAGGGAGGAAAUCUCAAUAAAGUUCAAUUUCUCUGUGA